GACGAAAAAGGUCGUGAUGCAUCAUACCGCAUUGUGGCUGAUCACCUAAGAGCGAUUGUUAUUGCCUUGAGUGACGGUGUUGAACCUAGCGCUGUUGACGCGGGGUUUGUAGUUCGUAAAAUGAUGCGGCGAUCUUUUUGGCAUGCCGCAAACAAGUUGAAGAUUGACCGUUUUGCUUGUGCAGAAUUAGUGCCUAUCGUAGUAGAAACACUGAGAUUAGCCUAUCCCGAUCUUGAAACCGCUGCUAAACGCAUUGAGCAAUGCGUGGCUGAGGAAGAGAAAAACUACUGGAGUGUGAUAGAUAAGGGAGAAGAAAUGUUUGAAAAGAUACGAGCGGAUUUGCCGAAGGAUGCGAAGGUCUUUCCCGGUGAGGAUGCUUUUAAACUCCACGACACUCAUGGCGUCCCCAUAGAAAUUACGGAAGAUCUGAGUAGAGCGCAUGGUUUGACUGUGGACAAAAAACGAUUUCUGGAGCUGAAAGGAGCGGCAAAGGUUCUAUCACAAAGCAAAAGCACGUUCAAGAAGGAGUCAUCCUUGGAUACUAGCGGUUUAAAAUCUUCCGAUAAGGUGAAGUACGACUACCAUUUGGACCAAGAUGGCAAAUACGUUUUCCCUCCGGAAACAACCAAAGUGCUUGCGCUAUUUUGCAAGAAUAAUCGCGUCGAUUCUUUGAAAACCGAUGGAUCCAUAGUCCUUGAACACUGCCAGUUCUAUGCGGAAGAAGGUGGACAGAAAUGUGACAGAGGGUUUUUGGAGCUGGAUGAGAGAAGCAUUGCAGAAGCCAGUUUUCGAAGUUUCUGCGGUGGAGAAGAUAAAUGGCGUGCCUGUUUUGCAUGGAAAAGUCGUUGGAGGCGCUAA